UUUAGGUUCAUUAUUACUUAAUAAGUGUGUUUGUGAAAAAUUAACCGAAAUAAAAUAACUGAAAAUUUGUUAUAAAUCUGUACAAUUUUUACAGCUUCUGAUUUUGAAUAUUUCAGUUUUUUUUGUAAAGAAUGAUUAACCAAAAAUAUUCAGAUAUGUUUCAAAUUACAAAGUUAUUUCCAAUUCUUAAACAUGUGAAUAUUUAUGACCGUCAAUCCUUUAUACGUGCAUACGUUCUGGAUAAUGGUUUUGUGUGUAUAAUAGCUUAUAUUUUGUUCUACGUUGCUCUUUGGUAUGCAAACAAGGUUAUGCAACGUGUAGAAGAGACUAAUCAAAAAAUGCAGCUGAUUUUGGAAAAAAAUCGAUCGAAAUUGGAAGAUGUUGCUGCUUUGAAGAAUAAACGUUCCGAGUUUGAAGACGUGGUGGUUAAAGUAAAAGAGGCACAGAAAAUAAUAAAACAACAAUUGGACGUAGAUAUAAAAAAGGUAAAUGAUGAGUUGACCUUAACAGUAAACAAAUUGUCGGACUUAGAGAAGAUUGUUAAUAAAUGGAAAUUAUGGAAGUCAAAUUUUAAGCCCUUAAACGGUGACAUGAAGACUCAGGAUGACAAUUGUUCAAAAGAAAUUGAAAUUUCCAAACAAAGUGAUUCGGAGUUUAUAAAAGUUCUUGAGCCAUCAUUUGAACCAACUGCAUUGCCUGAACCCCCUCCAAGAAAAUAUGGAACAUUUGCAAGACGACCACCAGGCCGGAGACCAGCAUCAUUUUCUAAACCACAAGUGUCCACUACGCUAACAAGUCAGCCGAUCGAAUUCUAAAAUUAGUUUUUACAAUUAUAAAUACACUAACUUUAUUAGUUUUUACUCAAAAGUAACAUUUUUAAUCAUAGAAGCUAAAUUAUUCCAUGCAAAAGUAACAAAUUGUUAUUCCAUGAACUUAAAAUUAAAAAAAAAAUUGUAGAACCA